UCCGCUCCGCUUUUUACAGCCGCUCUCAGCGCGUCUUUGUCACUUUGUCCGGUGAACACAGAGACAUGGCUCCAUCCUUCAUCAGCGUCUCCCUCCUCUUCAUCGGCCUCCACGCAGCAGAUGGAUUCAUGGAGUUUGUGGCGACUGAAUGUGUCUUUAACUCCACGGAGCUGAAGGACAUCGAGUACAUCCAGUCUUAUUACUACAACAAGUUAGAAUACACGAGGUUCAGCAGCUCAGUGGGGAAGUUUGUCGGCUUCACUGAACGCGGAGUGAAGAACGCUGCAGCCUGGAACAACAACCCUUCAUAUCUGAGUAGAGCGAAGGCUCAGAAGGAGGUUUACUGUCUGAACCACGUCCCGGUCUAUUACAACAAUAUGCUGACUAAGUCCGCUGAGCCCUACGUCAGGCUGCACUCUGAGACGCCCCCUGGUGGUGGACCUUUGUCCAUGUUGGUCUGCAGCGUCUAUGACUUCUACCCCAAGAAGAUCAUAGUGAGGUGGACCAGAGACGGACGGCCAGAGACCACCGGGGUCACUUCUACCGACGAGCUGGCAGACGGGGAUUGGUACUACCAGACCCACUCCCACCUGGAGUACACGCCCAGGUCUGGAGAGAAGAUCUCGUGUGUGGUGGAGCACAUCAGUCUGAGUAAACCUCUGGUUACCGACUGGAACCCGUCCAUGCCCGAGUCUGAGAGGAACAAAGUCGCCAUCGGAGCCUCAGGACUGAUCCUGGGUCUGACUUUGUCUCUGGCUGGAUUCAUCUACUACAAGAGGAAAGCCAGAGGACGGAUCCUGGUUCCCAGUCACUGAACCGGUCCUGGUCUUGGUUCUGGUCCUGCUGCUCGUCAGAUGGAAGGAAAAGCCGGACUGGAUCAGAUGUGGAUGGGUGCUGGAUCAGGUUCUGGAGCAUCACAGCUGGAUGUGGACUCUGCUUCUUCUACGUGUGACUCACAGCUUUUCUGUGUGAAAUCAACAUAAACGACUCGAUUAGUUGAAAUGAGACGUGAUCAGUUAUCUGAAUGAUUUGGGGCUCGUUGGUUCUGUGAUUCUUACAUUUAUAUUUUCUUACUGCAGUGAAACGUGUUAGAAACACAAUAAACAUCAGACAACUGGG